GUUCUUUCGCUGAAUCGCCCCAAAGCGGCCAACUCUCUGAGCAGGUCGUUGGCUCGGGCUCUCAAUGAAAGUCUCUACCAGCUGGGCAAAGAUGAAGAGUUGCGCGUUUUGAUUAUUCGUUCUGUGGUGCCAGGCAUCUUUUGCGCUGGUGCGGAUCUCAAGGAACGCGCAACUAUGCACAUCAAAGAGAUUCCGCACUUUGUGGCGAAGCUCCGCUCAAUCUCUUCAGCAAUUUACGAUUUUCCGUUUCCCACUAUUGCAGCCAUCGAUGGCGCCGCUCUUGGCGGCGGACUUGAGUAUGCACUAUCUGCAGAUCUGCGAGUUGCCUCGACUAAUGCCAAGCUCGGUCUGGUGGAGACUAAACUGGCCAUCAUCCCUGGUGCCGGUGGAACGCAGCGCCUGUCACGCAUUAUUCCUCGGCACAUUGCCAAGGAGCUCAUAUUCACGGGCAGAAUCCUUGACGGAACGCAGGCCCUCGAGUACGGCCUGGUCAACUACACAGUGCCACAGAACGAGACGAACGAUGCUGCUUAUCAACGAUCGGUGUCUCUUGCCGGAGAAAUGCUGUCUGCUGGUCCAGUUGCCCUUCGCGCUGUCAAAACUGCGAUAAAUCGUGGCGUUGACGUGGACAUCAACACUGGCUUGGCCAUCGAAGCUGCCUGCUAUCAACAGGUGUUGGUCACCAAGGACCGCGUUGAAGGAUUGGCUGCUUUCAAAGAGAAGCGCGCUCCAAAGUAUAUUGGCGAAUAA